AGACACCCCAAAAUAGCCCAACAUACCCCAAAAUCGACUUCAAAAAGACUCAAAACACCCCAGAACACCCCAAAAUCUCCCAAACCCACCUUAAUAAGACUCACAGCACCCCCAAAACAGCCCCAAAUCACCUUAAGGACUCACAACACCCCAAAACAGCCCAAAAUGCCCCAAAACCACAUGGAGGAGGACCCACAACACCUCAAAAUGCCCCAGAAGGGCCUCAAAACAACUCAAAACACCCCAAAAGACCCCAAAAUCACCUCGAUGGGGACUGAAAUACCCCCAAAAUACCCCAAAACCACCUGGAAAAGGACUCAAAACACCCCCAAAAUACCCCAAAAUUACCUCGAUGGGGACCCAAAACACCUCAAAGCACCCCAAAAACACCUCAAAAUGGACUCAGACACUCCAAAAUACCCCAAAAUACCCCAAAACCACCAUGAAAAAGACUCCAAACACCCCAAAAUGCCCCAAAAUCACCUCAAUGGGGACAACACCUCAAAACACCCCAAAAUGCCCCAAAAACACCUUGAGGAGGACUCACAACAGCUCAAAGUACCCCAAAAGGGCCCCAAAACGACUCUAAACACCCCACAGCACCCCAAAAUGCCCCAAAAACACCUCAAUGGGGACCCAAAACACCCCGAAACACCCCAAAAUGCCCCAAAACCACCUGAAAGGGGACCCAAAACACCUCCAUACACCCCAAAACCAGCUCGAAACAAUUCAAAACACCCCAAAACACCCCAAAAUACCCCAAACCACCUCAAAAACGACUCAAAACACCCCAAAACUGCCCAGAAAAGACUCAAACACCCCAAAACGCCCCCAAACACCCCAAAAUACCCCAAAACCACCUCAACGGGGACUGAAAGACCCCGAAACGCCCCAAAAUACCCCAAAAUGCUCCAAACCCACCUUGAUGGGGACCCAAAACACCCCAAAACACCCCAUAAACACCUCAAAGGGGACUCAGACACCCCAAAACACCCCAAAAUACCCCAAAACCACCUUAAUAAGACUCACAACACCUCAAAACACCCCAAAACACCCCAAAAACACCUCGAUGGGGCCCCAAAGUGCCCCAAAACCACCUCAAAGGGCACUGAAACACCUCGAAACACCCCAAAAUACCCCAAAACCACCUCGAAAAGGACUCAAAACACCCCAAAAUACCCCAAAAGGGCCCCAAAACGACUCUAA